AUGGGUCUGUAUGGGUCGUCAAGUUGGUAUGACCUUUUUGGAUCGUCAGGCCGACCUAGCCCGUUUAGGUUUCCUUGCCGGUUAGAACAUUCACCACCAUCGUCUUCCACUCCCAUUCAUACUAAAGCAAUCAUUUUACAUACUCUCAAUAUUCCGGAGCUGGCAAACUCGAGUUCACAUAAACCAUGGCUACACGAUCAAGAAGAUCGCAACAAGAGAACCAUAACAGACUUAUACAAAGCCAUGACCUCAGAGGACACCAACACAAUGCACCGUCUUCUAGCCCCAGACCUGGAGUGGUGGUUCCACGGCCCACCCUCCCACCGCCACCACCUCGUUCCUCAUCUCACCGCCACCACCACCACUUAUACAAAGCCUGUGCUGGUUCCUGACCUCAUCGUUGGCUUCGGAUCAGUGACCAUCGCUGAAGGGUUCGACGAGACCAACUUGGUGUGGUGGGUGCACGCGUGGACCACCACCGCUGACGGCGUCAUCACGGAGAUUAGGGAGUACGUCAACACCUCCGUCACCGUCACCAGGCUCGGCUUCCAUGGCUCCGACGAUGUUGUUGCUUCUGCCAUGUGUCAAAGCGUUUGGCAGAGCAAGCUUUCCGAUGAGUCUGUUCCAGGACUCAUUCUCGCCAUCUAGUGAACUGAAGUUCCAAAAGGCUUCGUUGGUUGUUUCUGAAAUUCACUAUAUUUAUCUGUCAGUUCAGUGUUGUGUGUCUUAGGUUGAAUGAAAGAAUCUUCUUGCUGUUGGUUGUGCCAUCUUUUGUUAUUGUGUGUUUAUUUAGGUACGUUGAAACGAUGUGUCUGGAUAAAUAAAUAUGUGCUACGUAUCAUGUUCUAGUUUCA